AUGGCCUGGGAACAUCUCUCCAUCACCAAGCCGCACUUGGUGUACAUCAUCCUGGGCGGCUUCACCUCGCUGUUCAUGCUCUGCUCCUCCGUGAUCAAGGAGCGCCUGUACAUUGGUGAAGCCACCGUCGCCACCAUAUGCGGCAUCAUCUUCGGGCCCCAUGCCGCCAACCUGAUCAAUCCGCUGGAAUGGGGCAACACCGAUCUGAUCACCCUGGAGUUCUCCCGCAUCGUCCUGGUCGUCCAGUGCUUUGCCGUCGGCGUCGAAUUGCCCAAGGCCUACAUGGAGCGCCACUGGAGAUCUGUCACCGCCCUGCUGAUCCCCGUCAUGACCUUCGGCUGGCUGAUAACGAGCUUGUUCAUCUGGGCUUUCAUGCGUGACCAGCUCAACUGGCUGGACAGCCUUUGCGUUGCUGCCUGCGUCACCGCCACUGAUCCCGUCCUGGCCUCUUCAGUCGUCGGCAAGGGAAAGUUUGCCAAGCGUGUGCCCAAGCAUUUGCGUGAUCUUCUGUCCGCCGAGUCGGGCUGCAACGAUGGCAUGGCAUUCCCUUUCAUUUACCUGGCCGUCUACAUCAUCCGUUACAGGCACCAUCCCGAUGAGGUGGCUCUCCACUGGUUUUGCUACACCGUCUUGUAUGAGUGCAUCUUCGGUGCCGUUUUCGGCGUCACAGUCGGAUACAUUGCCCGGCGCCUGAUCAGAUACUCUCAUGAAAAGGAUCUCAUUGAUCGCGAGAGUUUCUUGGUCUUCUAUUUCGUUCUCGCGCUCUUUUGCGCUGGGUCCGGAAGCUUGCUCGGUAUGGAUGAUUUGCUGAUAGGCUUCGCCUGUGGCGUUGGCUUCAGUAACGACGGCUGGUUCUUGGAGAAGACAGAGGAAGCUCACGUAUCCAACGUCAUCGAUCUGCUUAUCAACUUGACAUUCUUCGUUUACUUUGGAACCAUCAUCCCCUGGGAGCAGUUCAACUCGGACGUCAUUGGAACCAGCCCCUGGAAGCUUGUCGUCAUCGCAAUCCUGGUCCUUCUAUUCCGCCGGAUCCCCAUCAUGAUGCUCAUGAAGCCUCUAAUUCCAGACAUAAAAACGUACCGAGAGGCGCUGUUUGCCGGUCACUUCGGACCCAUCGGUGUCGGCGCUAUUUUCGUCGCCAUUCUUGCACGUGCCGAGAUGGAGACGGAAGAGACGACGCCACUGGCCGUUCUACCAGAACCCGGAUUUCCGCAUAUGAAUAUCAUCGAGCUGAUCUGGCCCAUCACGUGUUUCCUGGUCAUUUGCUCUAUCAUUGUCCACGGCUCCUCCAUCGCUGUUUUCACGCUGGGCAAGCAUAUCAAUACCUUGACGCUGACCUUGUCUUACACUCAAGCGAACGAGGACGGACCGAGCUGGAUGGACCGUCUGCCUCGUAUUCAGUCUCGUUCCAAGAGCUCCAUGUCUUUGCGCCGACCUGGAGAAGCCGAGACGGACUCGUCCUGGGAUGAGAAGGGGGAGAAGGGCGAAUACGGAUCCGAAGGCUUCCUCAGCGUACCCCGCGGUUUCCUCGGCAGGAAGAAGGACGAUGAUGCUCAGAGCCGAUCAUCCAGCCGUAGGCCAACCAGAAGGAGGAGAAGCAUGGGUCCAGGUGGGCCUAUCAGCCAGUCUGCAAUCACUCCUGCGCGUCGCGAACACGAUGCCGCCGAUGCACCCUCCAACGGCCGUGAAGAUUCGGACACUACUGCUCUGAACAGCGACGAGUCUCCAGAGAUCGAUAAGAUCAGGUCCCCCGAACAGGAAGUCUACCAGGAGGGUGACAAGAUGAUCUUCGAGGAUGAAGAGGGCAACGUGUUAGAUGUACGCGAUAUCCCGGACAAGUCUGAAGCCGAAAUCCAGCGAGAAGCCAAGAGAGAUGGUCGCAAGCUCAUGAAGGAGAAGGAUGUAGAGGGUGGUGUUGCACAAACCGAACAUGAUGAGAGUGCUGAUGGAGGCCACCAUGCGGCUCAUGAGAUCAAGGAUGCCGCUGAACAUCCGAAAAAGCACUGGCGUGGAAUGCUUCAUCGUCGGCACACAGGCGCCGAGGGUGAAGAGACGCAUCAUAAGAAGAAGCGUGGGCCCGCACUGGCCUACCAGUUCGGCAACACCAUUAUCGUGGAGGACGAGGACGGUGAGGUCAUCAAGAAGUACGACAUCCCGCCAGACGCAGCGAGACAAGGCGAGAAGGCCCCUGUCAGCGACAAGACCCGCCAACGUCUGGCCCGCAUGGGUACCUACCUUGGCAUGUCUCAUAAUGAGGCGGAGGCCGCUGCCAGCCAGGCGGAUGUCGCUGGCGAAAGCAGCAAGGCCGCCGCCAAGCCGCGCGAGGAAAAGAAAAAGAAGAGGAUCCAGGAGGAGCAAAGCGAUGACGAGCGCAUCCGCUUCACCGUCAAUGCCGGUGGCCGUCGCAUGAGCAAGGCCGAGUUCAUCCAGCAGAUCCAGCAGAUGGACCCCAAGGCGCGCACAAAGUUCGUCGAGAACAGCGACGUCCCCGAGCCCGUCAAGGAGGAGGCUCGCAAUGACGCCAAGGACCAUGCUCGCCUGCAACAGCAACAACAGAAGGCAGCCAUCGAGAGCGCUCGCAAGGACCGCGCAAGCGACUCGGACGAGGAGGGCGAAAUCCCCUUCCACAACAUGCGCGACACGCUGGGAGGCCGCGAGACGGCAGCAGAAGCCCGCCGCCGUCAGAUGGCGAGCACUCCCUCCGCGUCGAACAACAACAACAACAACAACAACAACAACAAGGGCGGCGGCGGCGCAUCGUCCUCGCUCUCGCCGGGCGCGUCGCCGGGGGGCGCCAGCCCGCUCAGCCGGCCCAGCACCGACGGCUCGACGUCGUCCAGCCACCGGGGGGGCGUCGCCGGCGUCAAGGCGGGGGCGGCGGCCGCCGGCGCCGCCGCCGGCCGCACCGAGACGGGCGAGAAGUCGCGCGCGCAGCCGACGCACCUGGACGAGGGCGAGACGGCGGCGGAGCGGCGCCGGCGCGAGGGCGCGCUCGGCCUGGGCGGCGCCGACGACGACUCGACGGACAGCGAGAGCGAGGAGGAGGACGGCAAGGGCAUCCGCCGCAACAUGCCCGUCGAGAAGAAGGCCGAGCGCGAAAAGCAAAAGGCCGUGGCCGCCGCCCAAGCCGCCGCCGUCGCCGAGGUCGCAGAGGUCGACGAGGAGGAAGUCGCGGCCAAGGAGCAGGAACAGCUGCGGCUGCAGCGGCAGAUGGAGCUGGAGCUGGAGCUGGAGCUGGAGCAGAAGCUCGAGUUGGAGCGAGAGCAAGAGCGAGAGCGACAGCAAGAGCAAGAGCAAGAACAAGAGCAAGACUCGGAAGAGCCGGAACAGCAACAGCAGCAGAAGGCUCCUGGCAUCAGAUUCGCGGAACCGACCCGCCCGACGUUGCAAGAGGACGGCGGCGAACAGGGUGCAGGCAGUGGCGAAGGCGACGCCGGAGAGAGUGGAAACGGCGGUAAAGGGCACCACAAGAGGAGCUCGAGCGGGUUGAGGUGGUUCAAGAAGUAA